CGCUCCACCACCCGCCUUUCUGCUCUUGAGCCCGUCGGUUAGGCUUUCCCCGAGUCCCCGCUCUUCCCCACUUCCCUCACCCUCCCCUCCCGUCAUCCCUCCCCAACCCCACCCGAGCCCGACCCUCGGCUGCCCCGACCAUGGCGUGCGGAGCCACUCUGAAAAGGACUCUGGAUUUCGACCCGCUGCUGAGCCCGGCGUCCCCGAAACGGAGGCGAUGUGCGCCAUUGUCGGCGCCCACCUCGGCUGCUGCCUCUCCGUCGUCGGCGGCCGCCGCCACCGCCGCCUCCUUCUCGGCUGCCGCCGCCUCGCCGCAGAAGUAUCUCCGAAUGGAGCCAUCCCCUUUUGGCGACGUCUCCUCCCGCCUCACCACAGGUGGGACUCGUCGCCGCAGCCGCCGGGAACAAAUUCUGUACAACAUAAAACAAGAGUAUAAACGCAUGCAGAAGAGAAGACAUUUAGAAACUAGUUUCCAACAGACAGAUCCAUGUUGUACUUCUGAGGCACAACCACAUGCAUUUCUCCUCAGUGGACCAGCUUCACCAGGGACUUCAUCUGCAGCAUCCUCCCCAUUAAAAAAAGAACAGCCCUUAUUCACUCUACGGCAGGUUGGGAUGAUCUGUGAACGUUUGUUGAAAGAACGUGAAGAGAAAGUUCGAGAAGAGUAUGAAGAAAUAUUGAACACAAAACUUGCAGAACAAUAUGAUGCAUUUGUGAAGUUUACGCAUGAUCAGAUAAUGCGACGAUAUGGAGAACAGCCUGCUAGUUAUGUUUCAUGAAUCACGUUUUCUGCAUUUGUGGGCUGCCUUGUUCCUUGUUGAGUUGUUGCAAGAGGUCCUAAUUAUGACAUGCAGCAAUGCCAAUACCCCCCUGUGAAUACAGGUUAUUUCAAGCUUUCGUCUUAGGCAGCAACUGGUUUUGGAAAUUUCCCUGAUGUCAGUACCAUCUGGAUGUGGACCUUUGCUACCUGUAUUAAUGCCAGUGGCCUCAUUUGCUGUAUCAUUACAAUUUGGCUUCUUAUAUUAAUAUGUUUGAAAAGGAUUAAAGCUGGUAUUCUAAGAACAUGCCCUUCACUGGUUGUGUAAAUAAAACUGUAGAAUGACACUUCA